AUGAUUGUCGUCCGCCUUUAUCAUCGUCAGUGGAGUCGGAUUUAUCAGAUCAGAGUGAAUAUUACGAGACGUGUAAUGAAGGUUCAUCACUCAUCAUCAGCAUCAUCAUCAGGAUGUGGUGAUACAGCAGUUCUUACGACUUCUUCUUCUUCUUCAACAGAUGCUGCUAAAAGGUUUAAAAUGCGUAAACUGUUUCAUUUCGCUGCUGGUCUUGUAUAUACAUCUGGUUUACUGUACUCACCUCAUUUGCUUUCUUUGGCUUCUGCAGCACUGUUGAUUGUAUUUUGGUGUUUUGAAUGGAUACGAAGACGAGGGCCUUAUAGCCUUUCAUCUUACCUCAGUGCCUUAGUUGAUCCAUUUCGGGAUGAGCGAGAUUCCGGUGAAAUUCUCUUCACGCCUAUUGCUCUUCUACUCGGCCUAAGCAUUCCUAUUUGGUGGCCGGAAAAUUUGAAGAAUACGGAUAUGACGGUCAGUAUUGGUCAUCUAUGCUAUGAAAUGCGUGUAAAACCGACGUCAUGGACAGGUAUAUUGUCCAUAGCUAUAGGUGAUAGUUUUGCUGCAUUAGUUGGAAAGGCUUAUGGUAAACGUCGCUGGCCUGGAUCACAUCGAACCUUGUUAGGAUCUUCAGCUUCCUUUCUAACGCAGAUUAUUGCUUGGACUGGUCUAUCCUAUUAUUAUUCUUGGUCAUGGACUUCAGGGUUGCUUCCACUGUUGUCUGGAGUUGUCGUUGAAGCGUACACGGAACAGAUUGAUAAUCUGGUUGUACCGCUUGUUGUAAUGUUCACUUUUCUGUAUGCCAAUAGUAAUUAUAGCAGUUUUGUCUACAAUAUGAUCCCAUAG